AUGGACCAUCUCGCAGCAUCAUUUCACGGUACGACGACGCUGCUGCACAACGCUUCGCAGCCCGCAGGCACGUCUGCAGAAAGCAAUACUUCUCUGUCGUCGUCCAUCAUAACCAAUGUCAAAAACGUCCGUCUGCCCCCUGGUCCUCGCCAGUGGCCUCUGAUUGGCAACAUCGGCCAGGUGAAUCCCUCACGGCAGCACCCGCAGUUUCUCCAGUGGGCAAAGCAGUACGGCGCCAUCUUUCGGCUGCGCUUUGGCAGCAACGAGUUUGUCGUCCUAAACACGGCCCAGGCUGCCGUCGACCUCCUCGACCGGAGGAGUGCAAAGUACAGCUCCCGCGCGGGCCCCCAUUUUGCCCACGACCUCAUGUCUGCUGGCCAGCGCAUGGUGUUUUUGCCCUAUGCGAGCGAGUGGAAGGUUGCGCGGGCCUCGCUGCAUCCCUAUCUCAUGGGCACCAAGUCUCGCUCGUACCGCGUAGUCCAGGAACACGAGUCUGCGGUGCUGAUGGGCGAUCUUCUGCGCCACACGCGCACUAUGCAGAAGCAGCUGGCCGACGGCUCCUUCAAGACGGCCACUCGCCAUGAAGACGGAUGGGAGGCCCAUGUGCGGCGCUACACGACGUCGGUAGUGCUCAACAUCACCUACGGAAAGCGCAUCACGAGCGCGUACGACAACCCGAGCCUGCACAAGAUCUACGACAUCCUGGCCAACUUCGCCCUCGUUGGGCAGCCUGGACGCAAUCCCUGUGACGACUUUCCGCUGCUUCGCAAGCUUCCCGACUGGCUGAGCCCCUGGCGCGCUGAGGCCCUGCGGCUGCACAAGUGGGAGAUGCAGCUCUGGGGCGGCUUCAUGGAUCAGCUCAAGGGCGAGCGCGAGGCACUUACCUCGGUCAAGAGCUACGUAAAUGACAUGCUUGAGGACCGCGAGAGAAACGGCGACGGCUUUGACGGCGAGGGACUCGGGCUCAACGAAAAGGGACUCAUGUCUGACACGCUCCUUGCCUACACCGCAGCUACCGUUCUCGAGGCUGGCUCGGACACGACGGCGAGCUCCGUCUACUUUUUUGUCCUCGCCUGCCUCAACGAUCCUGAGAUCAUGCGCAAGCUAAAGGCCGAAAUUGAUGCCGCCGUUCCCGCUUCCACGCUCCCUGCCUUUGAGCACAUCGAGGGCCUGCCCUACCUGCGCAGCUGUGUCAAGGAGACUCUGCGCCGACGCCCGCCCACGAUCAUGGGCAUUCCGCACCGCGUGACGCAGGACGACAUCUACGAUGGCAUGCUCAUCAAAAAGGACUCGAUUGUCAUUGGCAAUGUCUGGGCCAUGCACAUGGACCCGGUUCGGUAUCCCGAGCCAGAGCGAUUCAUGCCGGAGCGAUUUAUGGGCGAUUCGCUCAGCGCUGCGCAGUCGGCCGCGACCAUGGAUGCUUCUCGGCGCGAUCACUAUGCGUUUGGUUGGGGCCGACGGGUGUGCCAGGGCAUGCACAUUGCCGAGGCCAGUCUGUUGAUCAUCUUUGCCCGUCUCGCCUGGGCGUUUGACCUGCAGGCCCCUCCGGUAGAGAAGGAGCCGCUGAAGAGCAUCCACGAAGAAAGCACCUACACCGACGGCUUUGUCAGCCAAACGAAUCCGUACACGUGCCUCUUUGUGCCGCGCCACGCAGGCGUGACCCGUGUGCUUGCGUCGGCCUAUGAUGAUGCCCAGCUGUUCUGGGCCGAACAGAAUCGCGAAGGCGACACGCGCGACGGCCCGGUGUAA